AUGAUGUGCAGAGCGUUUUCUCUCCGGCAGGCAUGGAAUAUUACACUGAACAAACGGAACAAGGCACUAGUCUCAUGCUCACAUUUGCUCUACAAAGGAACCUAUAGGACUGACAAUUAUCUGUUUUCCACUAGUAUUAUCAUAUACCAACUAUUUAAGCUUCUUCUUUGGUCUCAACUGGUUGGUGUGACCGCACUUUCUCUUUCUGCAGUUGGUGGCUCUUGGUGGGAGUCUAGCGUAACACUUUCUGCAAAUGGACUUCUCACAGUUGUAUUUGGAAGCCAAAGCCUUGAGGGAUGGCUCAAUGAUACCACCUCUCAAUCUAAGCACCAAGUGCAAUGUGGACUCCUUUUGGAUGUUGUAGUCAGAAAGAGUUCUGCCGUCCUCAAGUUGUUUACCGGCGAAAAUCAGUCUUUGCUGGUCAGGAGGAAUUCCUUCCUUGUCUUGGAUCUUGGACUUGACGUUGUCGAUGGUGUCGGAAGACUCCACCUCCAAGGUGAUGGUCUUUCCGGUCAAAGUCUUGACGAAAAUCUGCAUUUUGACCUGACUGUUAGCUUGCUUGAUCAAAAAUGGUGGAAUGUCCUAAUGAACUGA